AUGGCUGAUUUAGAAUACAAGGAAAAGGAUGGUUUGCAGGAAAAGACUGCUUUUCUGGAUAACUCCCACUACAAGCAUGCGCUUUAUGCCAAGCUUGGACACGCAGAUGUGAUGACCGAGGAUGCGUCAUUGCCGGAUGUCGAGUAUCUUUACGAGAAAGCUACCGAAAUGUCAACCGACGAGGGUCUCAAGAUCUUGGCUCGUGUCCUUGACGACCACGAAGGUGACCCCAACUUCCCUGAAGAAGACUAUGAAGAGAUGGAGAGACUUGUAAAGGGUUACGACGAGUCUCUGGGGGUUCCUUACCAAGACUGGGACUUCCAAGUGCGCUUGCAUGCCACCUUGAACGAAUAUCAUUCACCGUAUCCCGAAGUCCGUGCUGUCACGUCUCCAAGAGAUGACCCCGAAAUUCCAUGUGAGACAAUCCGUGCAUAUUUUUUGGGCUUCUUGUGGUGUAUUGUAGGGACUGGUGUCAACGAGAUUUUCUCUCGUAGACAACCGUCCCUCUACAUAUCGUCAUCUGUGUGUCAAAUGCUGAUGUAUCCGAGCGGGCUUGUGUUGCAGAAAAUAUUGCCAGAUUGGGGACUUACAGUUUUCGGUACCAAACACUCACUCAACCCUGGACCUUGGACUUACAAGGAGCAGAUGUUCGCAACAGUGAUGUUUGAUAUUGCCAUUGGUGGUAUGUAUGUUGGUUCCAACUUCUAUGUUGAGAAGCUUGACAUAUUCUAUGGCAAUAAGUGGAUCACGAUCGGCUACCAAAUUCUAAUAUCUCUUGCUACCCAGCUGUUCGGUUUUGGUUUUGCAGGGGUGUUGAGAAAAAUUGUGAUUUAUCCAGUCAGAGCCGUCUGGCCAACUAUACUGCCCACACUCGCAUUGAAUCAGGCGUUGCUGAAGAAAGACAAGAAGGAAAAAAUACACGGUUGGGUCAUCACUCGUUAUAAGUUCUUUUUCGUGGUCUUCAUCUGUUCCUUCCUUUACAUGUGGGUGCCAGAUUACUUAUUCCAGGCCCUUUCUUACUUCAAUUGGAUGACAUGGAUCAAGCCAGACAACUUCAACCUCGCUGUGGUCACAGGUUCGAUGCUGGGGCUUGGACUAAACCCAAUUGCGUCCUUCGAUUGGAAUAUCGUGGGUUACUGGCUGCCACUCGCUUUCCCUUUUUACACCUAUAUGAACAUGAUGAUUGGCAUGUUUAUUGGCUUUUUCGUCAUUCUGGGACUCUACUACAGCAACUACAGGUGGACUGCAUACUUGCCGAUCAAUGAUAAUAACAUUUACACUAAUACUGGAGAACUAUAUGAAGUUGGUAGCGUUCUCACAAAUGGAAGGCUCGACGAAGACAAAUACAAAUCGUAUGGUCCACCGUAUCUUUCCGCGGGAAUGCUGGUUAGCUGGGGAGCUAACUGUGCACUUUAUACAUUCCUUAUUCCAUACGUUCUAAUUUCUGAGAGCAAGACAUUGAUCCAGUCGUUCAAGGCGAUAUGGAACGAUAUCAGGACAAACACAAACACCGUCCUGAAGGACCCACAUUCUAGAAUGAUGGCCAAAUACAAAGAGGUGCCCCAAUGGCUCUUCAUUGUUGUCAUGCUCAUGGCAUUGGUGUUUGCUAUUGUCUGUGUCAAAGUUUAUCCGGCCAACACCCCAGUUUGGGGAAUUUUCCUAGUGUUGGCUAUCAAUUUGGUUUUUGUCGUUCCUUUGAACGUGAUUUACGCUGUCACCGGUUAUUACUUCACGUUGCAAGUUUUUGUUGAGCUCAUAGUGGGUUACGCUAUUCCAGGGAAUGGUGAUGCCUUGAUGUUUUUACAGGCGCUGGGAUUCAACAUCACGGGCCAGGCACAGCAGUAUCUUUACGAUCAAAAGAUUGCACACUAUGCCAAAGUCCCGCCAAGAGCAGUUUUCCGUGGCCAGUUCACGGGGACUAUUUUCCAGAUCAUUAUUUCGUUAGUGGUCAUUAAUUGGGAAAUCAACUACGUCGAAAACAUCUGUUCUCCAGACCAGUCCAACAACUUUACUUGUCCAAGCGAAACGUCCUAUUAUUCUUCGUCUGUGUUCUGGGGUGUAAUCGGGCCAAAGAGAGUGUUCAACAAAAUGUAUCCUGUGCUUCCAUGGUGUUUCCUAAUUGGUUUCCUAUUGGCUCUCGUCUGUCUAGCUAUCAGAAGAUUUAACCGCAAACAAACCAAGUGGUUUGAACCAGCCGUUAUCAUUGGAGGUUUCCUCAACUACGCUCCAUACAACUUGAGUUAUUUUCUUCCUGGCUUGUACGUGUGUUUUGCGUUCAACCACGUUAUCAAAAAACGAUAUUCUGGCUGGUGGGAGAAAUAUAAUUAUAUUCUUGCUUCUGCGCUGGACGCCGGUGUUGCCUUCGGAGGCAUCAUUAUCUUCUUCGCAGUUCAAUACCACGAAAAGGACAUCAAUUGGUGGGGAAACUUGGUUUCUUAUUCUGGAACAGACGCGAGUAUGGGACAAACGUCUCUAAAAGAUCCAUCUACAGCCCCUGACGGGUACUUUGGUCUACGUCAAGAAGACAUUUAG